UGUUCUCACAGCUUUCAGUGGAACCAACCAGAGCCGCCGCAUCAACACCGUUAAUUUCCAUCGCCAGUGUAAUUAACGGCUCUAAAAUCAUCGUUUCCGGGAAUACGGUGAAAAGAGCUAAAGCAGCGGGACGCUGGAGUACCAGGUUAUCCACCACUGGUCUCCAAUUCCCUGCAGCUCGACGCAGGAGUUCACUCGUCACUCUCUUCCGUUUGUCCUCUUCCCGACCAGUGAUGGCUUCCGUUAUCUACGCCUCUGCCUCAAUUGCCGUCUCGACCCGGUCGCCACACGGCCGUCGGUUGCCGGCGCUCCGUUUUCCACCAGCUCUCUCUUUACACAGGCGGAGAUUGAUGGUUAAGGCGGCAGAAACUGAUGCUAAUGAAGCUAAACCUGAGGCUCCUGCUAAGGCACCGACAGUUGUUAGUGGUUCCAGCUUCAACCAGCUUUUUGGCAUAAAGGGGGCUGCACAGGAGACGGACAAAUGGAAGAUCCGUCUUCAACUUACAAAACCUGUUACUUGGCCUCCAUUGGUGUGGGGGGUGAUCUGCGGGGCUGCUGCUUCUGGAAAUUUUCACUGGAAUAUUGAUGAUGUGGCCAAGUCUGUUGCUUGCAUGAUGAUGUCUGGGCCAUUCCUUACAGGUUAUACACAGACGCUAAAUGAUUGGUAUGAUCGUGAAAUCGAUGCUAUCAAUGAGCCUUAUCGCCCCAUUCCUUCAGGAGCGAUAUCUGAGAAUGAGGUUAUAACUCAGAUUUGGUUGCUGCUACUAGGAGGCAUUGGCUUGGCUGGUCUGUUAGAUGUGUGGGCAGGGCACACGUUUCCAGUUAUAUUUUAUCUAGCUUUGGGUGGAUCCUUGGUUUCAUACAUAUAUUCUGCUCCCCCGUUAAAGCUCAAGCAAAAUGGAUGGAUUGGCAAUUUUGCUUUGGGGGCAAGCUACAUUGCUCUACCAUGGUGGGCUGGUCAGGCACUGUUUGGAACUCUUACCCCCGACAUUGUUGUGCUUACUCUCUUGUACAGCAUAGCUGGGCUGGGGAUUGCAAUUGUUAAUGAUUUUAAAAGCAUUGAAGGAGACAGGGCUAUGGGGUUGCAGUCACUUCCAGUUGCUUUUGGCGUAGAAGCAGCCAAAUGGAUUUGUGUUGGUGCCAUUGACAUAACUCAGAUAUCGAUUGCAGGUUACCUGCUCAGCGCUGGCAAGCCCUUGUAUUCCUUAGCUCUUAUUGGAUUGAUAAUUCCCCAGGUCGUUUUCCAGUUCCAGUACUUCUUGAAGGAUCCUGUAAAGUACGACGUUAAAUAUCAGGCUAGCGCUCAACCUUUCUUGAUUCUUGGGCUCUUAGUGACAGCUUUGGCCACAAGCCACUGAGAACUUAUUGCUUGGUGGAUGGAGUCAUUCAAGCACUAGCCUUAGUGAAUUCCUUUAGUCACCAAAAGUAUCCUUUAAUUAGCUGAUAAACUCAUCUCUGGGCAUUCUGUGGGGGUUUUUUUUUUCUAAAUCAUUUUAUUGGAAAUCGUCAUAUAAAGAGUAGAAGUAGCUAUGUAGUCUUUGAUGUGCUUUUGUGGCCACUUUUGUACCUACUGGACCUUAUAAACUGGCCUCUGAAGUAAAUGAACACAAUUGGUUGUUUUAAUUUUGGGAGAUUCAGAUACA